GCAUAUAUUCUAAAACAUAUUUUUUUGUAUAGAUCUGAUUAAUUGUAAUCUAGUCAAAUCGAAUCAUCUUUAUGCGCCAAUUAUUUUUUGUAUAAUUGAAAUGCCAACCAAGCUGAUGGCCUCCCUGAUCAACAUGCGUUAUCUGAUCAUCGCUACUGCAUUUUUGGCGGUGGUGCAAGCCAGGCCUGGAUUGAUUUUCACCCAACCCUUGCAGCCUAUUGGCGUUGAAUACGCCCAUGAUUCAAUACCAGCAAUUAGAGCCCAUCCAGCAGUGGAACUUAAUGCAGCUAGUGAAGCUUUACUACCACGCGAUUUGUUGAAAUCCAGCGAUUUCUACGAUAACCCAUUAAUCGCUUCUGGUCUGGCGAAGGAGUCGUGGUUCACCAAUAAAGAAAUGCAAGUCGUGGAAAGAGAGGCCGAGAAAAUUCCACGGCAGAAAAUUUAUAAUAUCGUCAAGAGUGCCGGUUUCUUAGAUAGCCAUUAAUAUAUUAAUAUUAUUUAGUUUAGAAUUACUUUCAUAAACGAAGAUCCACAUGAAUUUACUUUGUUUAUUUCUUUUAUUAGACACUAUUUCUUCAAUAGGAUACAUGAACUAUUAGUGUUGUAAAUAUUUUUCGUAUAAUUUUAAGUAAUUAUAAUUUAGAGUGUUAUGGCCUAAUGGUACAUAUCCUUAUUGAGAUCGAAAGUUCGCUAGUGCGAUUAAAAAAUCUUUAUAUUAAUUUCCGAUGGACUCUCCGGUGAUGGAAACACCGAUAACAAACCACAUAAAUCGGAUAGACGGCGGUAGACUCGCCCCCUGCCACGUCACGGAUUCCAAUAUACCCAACGAAAUGUGGGCAUGUCAAGUAUUCGUUCGUCGACAUAUUGACAGUUGACUAUGCUUCUGACCAUCCCAUCUGGGAUGGCGGUCGUGAAGGUAUAUUAUUUUAAUAUGUAUAAGUAUUAUAAAUAUCGUCACCUUGUAUACCUAAUAUAAUUCUGUUAGCUUAACAUUUUUACUUUGUGUCUCUAAGUCAUAACUUACAAUGUAACGAAACGAAUAUAACCUUUAAAUGAGUAAUUGUAUAUAACUAUCAUUAAUUAUAAGUGUUUUGAUAAGUAAUGCAUUAAGUGUAUGUAAAUAAGAGUUGGUUUAAAUUAUGCGCGUAAUUUAAUUUGUAAACCGGUUUUUCUAUUUAUCUUUAUUUAGGAAUAAUAUUUUUGUACAAGAAUUUAGUUUAUUAUUUACUUAUAUUUUUAAAUUAAAACUAUUAGUAUAUUAAUACCACUGUGAUCUCGAACAAUAAGUACA